GUCAGUACCAAGCUGCCAUCCGUUUGUUUAGGAUUUUUGGUAAGCUGCAAAUUGAUGAGAGCAAAUUCAACUUAUAAAUGUGUAUAAUUUUUAUUAUUGCAUUUAAGGAUUCUUUUUUUUUAACAAAAAAUUGGCUUUUUUUCCUGACAGCGGGUAAAAAUAUUUGUGCAUCUUUGCUAGCUGGUUGUUCAGGGUGAUUAGCCAACGUUAAUUUAGAAGCUAACACCGACGUCAUGUCAGACUCUUUGAUCAUUUUUGAUGGACAUUUUGUGAUCAAAGGGGAUAUGGACGCCUGUACGGUUGUUCCUGCACCAGAGGUGCCGCGGUCACCGUUUUGAGGCGGCAUUUAUCCGUAUGCUGUAUUCGCUCCUUCAGUGUCACAGCGCUGCCUUGCUGUCCACGUCUCGUCGUUGCCUCGUCUCGUGUCCAACGUUGCCAGCUGGGCUAGGCCACGUCCCCGCGGGAGGAUUCACCGGCCAGCGCCGGAGCAGUUUGUGAAAAGAUGUCAGGAGUGCUAAAGUAAAAAGGGAAGUAAAUAAGCCAGGGAAAAAUGUGAAGAGCCUUCCAAUUCAUGGCUAUGUAAAUGUUGUCGUUGUGUUUCCCAACGGCUGCCGCAUUCACGGCAAGACACGUACACGGAUGUGCUUAAGCUCCGGACGACACGCGCGCAGAGCUCAGUAGGCUGCAGAAACGACCAGAAGUCACGUUACGCUCGGGGUGUUUUUUUUGACAUGAUCGGGUUUGGUGGAAACCGGCGAGGGGGCCGGAUCCCCUCUUUCAUCCUCGUCUUUUUGAUGGGGAUCAUCGCCGUACUGUCUUUCAACUACUGGACUGUGUCGAACAAGCACGGCCGCUUGCUGGACGAGCUGGCGGAGGUGCAGACGCAGGUGAAGCGCACGGACGCGGCGCGGAGCCGACUGGAGAAGCGGAACUCCGAGCUGAUGGUGCAGGUGGACUCGCACAGGAAGCAAAUCGACCAGAGGGAUGGAGAUUACAGCGUCCUGGAGGGCAAACUCCAGGCCCGAGAGGCGCAGAUAAAGAAGUGCACAGAUGAGAAGAUGAAGAUUAAAGAUGACGUCACAGCCCAGAUGACAGAGGUACAGAGACUGAAAGAGCAACUAAAGGAUCUGAAGCAAGAGUUCAUGAAGCAAGAACAGCAGCUAAUAGAAGUGAAGAAAAAUAGCACUACGUUGGAGAAAAAGUUGGAGUAUGAGAGUUUACAGUGUGGGCGUCAGAUUGCAGAACUGAAAGGAGAGUAUGAAGACACGAAAAAGAGCCUGGAGGAAGAAACAUCCAAGCGAAAACAGAGUCUAAUGGAUGGCCAAAAGGGUAUUGUGACAGAUAGGCAUCUAGGUGUAGCCCAUGGCGUGGACAUGGUCAGAGAACGCCAUCCAGUUCCCACUCACCGCCAUGACAGACAGGCCCACCUAAAAGAAGAAAUAGGCAAACCUGGAAGUGAUGCUGGCAUGCCUGGUAUUGAAGACAGUGAGGUGGGGAAAAUUGAUGAAGUCCAAUUUGCCUUGAAGAAACCUGCCAUCACUCAGAAACAUCCUGAUGGCCCCAAUGUGGCAGCUGAACCAGGACUGGGAGCAGCCGACGGUCCCGGAGGUCAAGGCCUGUUGCUUGACCAGCCCAGACUUCAGCUGGACAGAGCGGAAGGCCAAGCUGAGGGGAUGGGACCCCAAGCUGCUAUCAAGCAGCCUGACAAGCCAGUAGUUUUUGAAGAAAAUAACAAAGCGGGCAUGAAGGCUGACGAGCUGGGAGAACGGCAAAGACACGCUCAAGGUCCUGAUGAUGCCAAGGUUGACAGUGAGCACUUAAAGAGGAUUCCUUUGCCCCCCAAUGGUGCUCAGGUGCCCAAUCCCAUACAGCCACAGCGGGCUAGAGACCAAGCUCCAGCAAGGCCUGUUCACCACCGCCAGAGCCGAUUCUUUGAUGAGAAUGAGUCCCCAGUAGAUCCGCAGCACGGCUCUAAGCUAGCGGACUACAAUGGGGACGAUGGGAACGUGGGUGAGUAUGAGGCAGACAAGCAGGCCGAGCUGGCCUACAAUGAGGAAGAGGAUGGUGAUGGUGGGGAGGAAGACGUACAAGACGAUGAAGAUCGGGACUUGCAAGGAGAGCGGCCUGUGGAUUACGGGAAAAGACGUCCAGCCAAUGACAUUCUUUGAAUGGAAUCGUACAAACAGCGGUCAGACCCUGUCUAAGUCAUGGGGGACUACUUGACGAAGUAGUCCCCCAAUCCAUGUCAUGGACUAUUUGACAGAAAACUAAUGAAUUCAUUUUGAAUACUGUUGUAUAACAAAGAAAUUUUCAUGGUAUUUUUCCUCAGCUGCAAUAGGUUUGCAAACUGUUAGAAGUUCUGGCGUUAGGUAUAAUAUGCUGUGCUGGUUUGUUUUUGUCCUUUCUUACUGGAUGAAUGCAUCAGUUUGGAAUUGAAGGAUUUAUGAGAGCCCAUUGAAUUACAUCUAAACUUUCUACAGUUGAUUCUUUUUUUUAUGUCUGUUUGCAUCUGCUUAUUCUAAACAAAUGCUUCCUGGAAUAUUUAUGAAAGACUAAUGCGGCACACUACCUUUCUAACAUCAUUGGGACUUAUGUGGAGGCCUGUUUUCUUUCCUUUUUUGAACAUGAGUGGGAACACGUUCGCCAAGGACUCGUCAUAAGGCCUAUUAAAUCCAACUUUUCUUUUUGCGCUGGAUACUCAAGUGUUCCUUGUUCUGUUUUUCGAAUGGCCUUGCAUGCAGUCGAAACUUUCCAGUAAACUGAGCAAAAUGCUAUUGCUGAAGCAAUACACGGAGUGUGCAGCAUCUACCAAGCACAUUUGGAACUCCCUGACCAUCCUUACGUUAAAGAAGUCAUCAAACCCAACUUUUGCCAUUUGUACUGAAGGAGCCCAGCAUAUAACCUUUGGGUGGGAGGGGAUCUGUUACCUGAAAUAAGCUAUGUUUGUGCAACCAGGAUACAUGAUUUCCUAUGAAAAGGCACAUUGAAUGUAAAGUAAUUUUAUUAAAGAUGAUGCCAUGUCA